AUGACGUCUUCUCAGAUACAAUCUGAAUCGUCAUCGCGUCUUAACGCCAACUAUGAAGAUCAAGAAGGCUGCUUAGAAGCAGCAAGACCAGAAAAGGAAGAAAUGGUGAUAAAUACACCUUUGGGAUGUCUUCGGGGAAAGUACUAUGUCAAAGCAGCAGUACAAUCGGCAGUAUUUGUGGUUGUAGUGAGCUGUUAUGCAGUGGCUCACUUUGCUUUUUCACCACCAGGACCCUUUGGAGAAUCGGUGAUGCAAGAAGAGGAUUUUGGAGCCCGAAUGCUCCAAGAUACUAGUCCUUCUCUAGCACCCACUAUUAAUCCCGAGUGUGUGGCAAUACGCGCAAAGCAAGCAGAUCCCGGAUGGAUGGCAAUCUUCAUGGCAAUAGGAGUCUUGUACAUGUUCCUCGCUUUGGCCAUUGCCUGCGAUGAGUUCUUUGUUCCUUCUCUAGAAGAAAUGUCCAGUCCGAGACGGAUGAACCUCAGUAUGGAUGUCGCUGGUGCCACACUCAUGGCUGCCGGUGGGUCAGCCCCAGAACUCUUUACAGCUCUCUUUGGUACCUUUCAGGAAUCCGCCAUUGGUUUUGGUACCAUCGUGGGAUCGGCUGUCUUUAACGUCCUCUUUGUGAUUGCCAUGUGUUCCUUGUUGGCCAAUGAAGUCUUGCAACUUACCUGGUGGCCUCUCUUCCGUGACUCUUUCUAUUACGUUUGCGGUCUCGCUGUUUUGGCAGCCUUUGUCGGAUUCGUUGGCAAAGAUGAAGUAGAACUCUGGGAAGCCAUUGUUCUUUUCUGUCUCUACCUUGGUUACAUUCUUCUCAUGUGGCAAAAUGCCAACCUAUACAAGCUUCUUACCGGCAAGUCUUUGGACUACCCGGAUGAAGAAGAAGUGACUCCUCCCCCUUCUGAACAGAUCAACGGAGCUGCUGAAGAAUCCGCCAACAAGGACGAUGACGAAGAAGGUGGUGCUGAUGGAAAUAAUAAAAUGAAACGAGAAGGCUCCAAGAGUGCCAGUCUAAGCAGCAACCUUAGUAAUGGAGGCUUGCACCAUGGACACCACCCAGCUCACUUUCGAUGGCAGGGAACCUUCCGUGCCGGUAUUCUAAAGUUGCUCAAGGAUCCCGAUUCUUGGAUGGACACGGCCGGUGUUGGUAUUGUGGCCAAGAUUGCCGGAGAUGCCGAUUAUGUUUUCAGUCAAGUGGAUAUUGAUGGAAAUGGCCACGUGGACAGAGAAGAACUCAAGCAAUUGUUUAACUUGUUGGAAUGCUACAUUACUCCGCGUGAACUAGAAGAAGUCUUUAAUCAAUUGGAUGAAGAUAAGGAUGGAACGAUUAGUCAAAACGAAUUCACAGAAUGGUACUGCCGCUCCGAAGAGCGCAUCCUGUCACAAGUCCAUCAUGUCUUUGAUCAAAUUGAUGUCGACAAAUCCAAUAACAUUGACAGAGACGAAGUCAAGACACUUCUGACCAAACUGGAUCCUCACACGACGGACGAGGAUGUCGUCGAGGCUCUCAAUACCAUGUACAAGGGUGGAUCACGCGAGGAGAUUACCUUUGAAGAAUUCAGUGAUUGGUACCGGCAAUGUGCCAUUUUCGAAAAGCAAAAGGCUUUAGUCGAAGAAGACAUGCAAGGCGUAUGGGAGAACUUGAAACCCCCCAAAAAUGGAUCUUGCAGAGACUGGACCUGGUACAUUGUGGUUUUGCCGCUCGUUGCACUCAUGACAUUUACGGUUCCAGAUGUCCGAAGACCUGGAAUGGGAAAAUGGUGUUACCUAUCCUUUUUGCUAUCUAUUGGUUGGAUUGGUGGAUUCUCCUACUUUAUGGUUGACUGGACUGAGACCAUUGGAAAUACCAUUGGUAUCCCACCAGUCAUUAUGGGUCUGACUGUACUUGCGGCUGGAACUUCUGUUCCCGAUUUGCUCUCUUCGGUCAUUGUGGCCAGGAGAGGUUCUGGUGAUAUGGCUGUCUCAUCGUCCAUUGGAAGUAACAUUUUUGAUAUCCUUGUGGGACUUCCAUUUCCAUGGAUCCUGUACACGUCCAUUCGAGGGAAGCCAGUUUCGAUUGCUUCGGAUGGUCUUGUCCGGUCUCUUUUGAUUUUGGUCGGAAUGAUCGUCCUAGUCAUUGGAGCUGUUCAUUGCCAAGGAUGGAAACUCACCAAGACGCUGGGUGGAAUCAUGUUCUUCUUUUACCUUGCUUUCCUAGCGCAAGCAAUUGUGUUAGAACUUCCCUUCACGUCCUGCUAA